AUGGAAGCGGAUUCGACUACUUUUGAUAAUAACUCAAAAACUUUUACAGAUGAUGUUCCUUUACCAUUUAAUUCAAGCCCAGCAAAUCUAAAACUGUACAAAGACCUAAUUAAAGAUAACGGCGAACGCAGUUUAGAAAGUCAACUAAUCAGUAAAUUGCAAUCAUUUGGAUUGAUUCCUUCAAAUAUUUCUUGCCCCAAAAACAUGCCUGACUGUAAAGUUUUGUGCAAACCAGCACGAGUUAUUGAUAGAGUUCAAUGGAUAUGUGAAGGUUGUGGAAAAAGACAACCAAUUAGAAGUGGUUCAUUUUUCUUUAAAUUGCAAUGCUCAAUUUUACAAGCUUUGCAAGUCAUCCUUGCUUGGUGUGAAGAUGCUGAUGUUACUUCUUCUGCUCAACAUUUUGACAUUAAACCCAGAGUGGUAAACUAUAUCUAUAACAAAUUAGAUGAGUUAGCAAUAAAUAAAUUACAAGGAACUAAAUUAGGAGGUGAAAAUGCUGUAGUGUUAAGUGAAAUGUAUCCAGACUGUUUGAACAGACUAUCGCCAGACACAACAGAUCAACCUCAUGUGCAUCGGAUAUUAAUGAUUGCCGAUACCAAGCACAUCCCGACACACUACAGACUUCAUGUUCUUAAAAAUGAUCAGAAAAAAAUGACAGACCAAGAUCAGUUAGGGAAAGAAGAGGUUGAGCAUAUAUUAUCAAAUGUAACAGAAGAACAAUCUACCAAAGUGACGGGGAACAAUAUACCUAUAAUAGAGAAUACAGUGCCUUUACAACAACUACUGCAGCACUUUGAUGUGGAUAUGCAGCAUUUUUUAAGCACCCGUAUAUGGAGUCAGGCGAUAACCCUGUGCUCGGCGUCCCGCGAGCUGUGCGCCGGCGCGCCCGCCGCCUGCGCGCUCGCCGUGCAGCGCUACCUGGACGCGGCGCUCUACCGCCUGCGCUACGGCGACGGCUUCUAUGAGCACGUGCUACGGACCAUCGCGGGUGACGUCACUGCUACGGCUACG